GAGCUGUGGGGGCGUGUCUCCGUGCAGAUAGUGCAGCCGGACUGACGCCGCGGCUGUGCGUUAUUGAAUUAAAUUCCUUUUUUAUGUGGCAUUAAUUGUACUUCGCACACGACGAAAUUAAGUUUAUUUGUUUGUAUAACGUAUUAACUUAUUUUUUUCCUUUAUUAGAAUUUAAUUAAGCCAUUUUAACAUUAUUUAAUAUUUAAGAGCUAGUGAAAGAUUCUAGGCCUUGAACGGGCGGCGGUGAUCGAUUUUAACAAUAGCCGACAAUCACUGAGACUAAAGCCGCACAUUGCUUGCAUGAGAGUCGGUGUCAGAAGCUCGGCUUUAUUACAGCAGUAAAUAAACAAAGGACAAAGGAACCGCAGCAGGCCGGAUGGUGGCGGGUGUUUGAGGGAUUUGCAGAUCACAUAUGGACGAUUUCUGAUUGUUUUUCUGGGCAGACUUAAACAAUAGAAAAUGUCUAACGGUGCAGCGGGAAGCGGGGGUUUAACCUGGGUGACCCUUUUUGACAAGAACAAUGGUUCGAAGAAAGAGGAGGUGAAUGGCCGAGGAGAUUCCGGAAAGAGUGAGGCGGUGAAGAAAGAAAGUUCAAAGAAGAUGUCAGUGGAGAGGAUCUAUCAGAAGAAGACUCAACUUGAACACAUCCUCCUCCGUCCAGACACUUACAUCGGUUCUGUGGAACCUGUCACUCAGCAAAUGUGGGUUUUUGAUGAGGACAUCGGAAUGAACUUGAGGGAAAUAACUUACGUCCCUGGACUGUAUAAAAUCUUUGAUGAGAUUCUUGUCAAUGCAGCUGAUAACAAACAAAGAGACAAGAACAUGACCACCAUCAAAAUUAACCUUGACCCAGAUUCCAACACCAUAUCUGUGUGGAAUAACGGGAAGGGAAUUCCUGUGGUGGAACACAAAGAUGAGAAGAUGUUUGUGCCUGCACUGAUCUUUGGACACCUUCUCACCUCCAGCAACUAUGAUGACAAUGAAAAGAAAGUCACAGGUGGGAGAAAUGGAUAUGGUGCUAAACUCUGCAACAUAUUCAGCACAAAGUUUACAGUGGAGACGGCCUGCAAAGAGUACAAACGCAGCUUCAAACAGACAUGGCAAGAGAACAUGGCAAAGACUAAUGAUGCAAAGAUUAAGUUUUUUGACGGUGAAGAUUUCACAUGUGUUACAUUCCAACCUGACCUGGCCAAAUUUAAAAUGGAGAAACUGGACAAGGACAUCUUGGCUCUGCUAACCCGCAGGGCGUAUGAUGUUGCCGGCUCCUGCAGGGGUGUUAAAGUCAUGCUCAAUGGAAAGAAACUACCCGUAAAUGGGUUCCGGAGUUACGUGGACCUGUAUGUGAAGGAUAAACUGGACGAGACAGGGGUCGCUCUGAAGGUGGUAAAUGAAACUGUGAAUGAGCGCUGGGAAGUUUGUCUCACCAUGAGCGAGAAGGGAUUUCAGCAGAUCAGCUUUGUCAACAGCAUUGCCACCACCAAGGGUGGAAGACAUGUUGACUAUGUUGUGGACCAAAUAGUGGCAAAACUGAUUGAAGUCGUCAAGAAGAAGAACAAAGCUGGAGUCUCAGUGAAACCAUUCCAGGUUAAAAACCAUGUGUGGGUAUUUGUGAACGCCCUGAUCGAAAACCCAACUUUUGAUUCCCAGACCAAGGAAAACAUGACCCUUCAGACCAAAAGCUUUGGCUCCAAAUGUGUUCUCUCUGAGAAAUUCGUCAGAGCUGCCACAAACUGUGGGAUUGUGGAGAGCAUACUGAACUGGGUAAAGUUUAAGGCUCAGACACAGCUAAACAAGAAAUGUUCCUCUGUCAAACACAGCAAGAUUAAAGGAAUCCCUAAACUGGAUGACGCCAAUGAUGCUGGUGGUAAGCACUCUUCUGAUUGUACCCUAAUCCUGACUGAAGGAGAUUCGGCCAAGUCUCUGGCUGUAUCUGGUUUAGGAGUGAUUGGGCGAGAUCGAUAUGGAGUGUUCCCUCUCAGGGGAAAGAUUCUCAAUGUGAGGGAGGCCACACACAAACAGAUCAUGGAGAAUGCAGAAAUCAACAACAUCAUUAAGAUUGUAGGUCUUCAGUACAAGAAGAGCUAUGAAGAUCCAGAGUCUCUGAAGAGUUUACGCUACGGAAAAAUUAUGAUCAUGACCGAUCAGGAUCAAGAUGGCUCUCACAUCAAGGGUCUACUCAUUAACUUCUUCCAUCACAACUGGCCGUCUUUGCUCAAGCACACCUUCCUGGAGGAGUUCAUCACACCCAUUGUUAAGGCCAAUAAGAACAAGCAACAGGUGGCGUUUUACAGCAUCCCAGAGUUCGAAGAAUGGAAGAAACAUACUGAAAAUUAUAAAACGUGGCACAUAAAGUACUACAAAGGUUUGGGUACCAGCACAAGCAAAGAAGCAAAGGAGUAUUUUGCCGACAUGGAGAGGCAUCGAAUUAUGUUCAAGUACAAUGGCACUGAAGAUGAUGCUGCCAUUACGCUGGCGUUCAGCAAGAAGAAGACAGAUGACAGGAAAGAGUGGCUGACUAAUUUCAUGGAGGACAGACGGCAGAGGAGAAUGCACGGACUGCCAGAGCAAUACCUGUAUGGCACCAUGACACAACACCUUUCCUACAAUGACUUCAUCAACAAAGAACUGAUUCUUUUCUCAAACUCAGACAACGAGAGAUCCAUUCCUUCACUUGUUGAUGGUCUGAAGCCAGGUCAGAGGAAGGUCUUGUUCACUUGUAUGAAGAGAAAUGACAAGAGGGAAGUUAAGGUGGCCCAGCUGGCCGGAUCCGUGGCUGAGAUGUCUGCAUACCAUCAUGGCGAACAAGCUCUGAUGAUGACCAUCGUGAAUCUAGCCCAGAACUUUGUGGGCAGCAACAACAUCAAUAUUCUUCAGCCGCUUGGUCAGUUUGGUACCCGUAUCAAUGGUGGUAAAGAUGCUGCCAGCCCACGUUACAUUUUCACUAUGCUCAGCCCACUGGCCAAACUGCUGUUUCCCGCUGUGGACUCCAGUCUGCUGAAGUUCUUGUAUGAUGACAACCAAAAGGUGGAGCCAGAGUGGUACAUUCCCAUAAUACCUAUGGUGCUGGUGAACGGAGCCGAGGGCAUCGGGACUGGCUGGGCCUGCAAGAUCCCCAACUAUGACCCACGAGAGAUUGUCAACAACAUCAACCGUAUGCUUAACCACCAGGAACCCCUGCCCAUUCUGCCUAGCUACAAGAACUUUAAAGGCAUUAUUCAUGAACUGGGACAAAACCAGUAUUUGGUCAGUGGGGAAGUGUCCGUCCUGGACAAAAACACAAUUGAGAUUACCGAACUUCCUGUUCGUACCUGGACUCAGGCAUAUAAGGAGUCUGUUCUAGAGCCCAUGCUUCAAGGAACAGACAAAACACCUCCUUUGAUCUCUGACUAUAAAGAGUAUCACACCGACAGCACAGUAAAGUUUGUGGUGCGUAUGACAGAGGAGAAGUUGGCACAGGCCGAGGCAGCCGGUCUUCACAAGGUCUUCAAACUGCAGUCUUCUCUCACAUGCAACUCCAUGGUGCUGUUUGAUCACAUGGGCUGUCUGAAGCGCUAUGACUCCGUGCAGGACAUCUUGAAGGAGUUUUUUGAACUACGCCUGCACUAUUAUAAGCUAAGGAAAGACUGGCUGAUAGGAAGUCUGGGUGCUGAAUCAGCCAAACUCUCUAACCAGGCUCGAUUUGUGCUGGAAAAGAUUGAAGGGAAAAUUUCAAUCGAGAACAAGUCAAAGAGAGAUUUGAUCCGAAUGCUUGUGCAGAAGGGAUAUGAAUCGGACCCUGUCGCGGCAUGGAAUAAAGCCCAGGAGAAGUCAUUGGAGGAUGAGGAUGGUGGCGGUAAUGACAGUGACAGCUCAGUGGACUCUGGAUCAUCCUCCGGGCCUAAUUUUAACUACAUUUUGAACAUGCCACUGUGGUGUUUGACCAAGGAGAAGGUGGAUGAGCUUCUCAGACAGAGAGACCUUAAGAAAGGAGAAUUGAAUGAACUUCAGAGAAAGAAUUCAGAGGAUCUUUGGAGAGAAGAUCUUGCCGUCUUCAUAGAGGAGCUGGACCGUCUGGAGGAGCAGGAGAGGGAGAGCGCGAACUCUGGAAAUGCUGUGAAGCUAGUGAAGGGGAAGGUGGGCAAACCCAAAGUAAAGAAAAUGCAUUUGGAGGAAACUCAACCCUCUCCGUACGGCCGCAGGAUAGAGCCACAGGUCACACAGGCCAUGAAAGCUGACGCUUCCAAGAAACUCACCAAGAAAAAGAAGGGGGCUGAAGUGGAUCCAGCUGUGAAGUUGGAGUUUGAUGAGGACAGCGCGCUUGGCUCAAACGGAGGAACCACAGAAAAUUCCCUAAUUUCACCAUCUGGCCUGCCCAACCCAGUAGCAAAACCCAAAGCCCCGCGUGUGAAGAGAGAGAACAAGGAACCUGGUGCUCCAAGACAAAGAAAGCCUGCUGGUGUUAAAGGUCCAGCUAAGAAAGUGAAAAAGAGGAACCCAUGGUCAGACGAUAAUGAAAGUGAUGAAGAAAAAUCUGACAUUGAGCUGGAUGUAAAUGAACCUGUCAUUCCCAGAGAUACCACAUCCAGGAGAGCAUCAGCGGUGAAGGCCAAGUACACAUUUGACUUCUCUGAGGAGGAAGAUGCAGAUGAUGAUGAGGAACAAGAAAAUGAUGCUCCAAGCUCUCCGGUUCAAUCAUACAGACCAACUCCCACAGAGCAAAACAAUAAUGUUGAUGAAGAUGAUGGUGAUGAUGAUGAUGAUGAUGAUAUAUUCCCUCCAAAAACAACAUUAACUCCGACUGCUUCACCAGUGAAGAAACCAACAAAGAGUGUGUUCUCAUCCAAAACUGCCUAUGCUGACAAGAGCAGCGGUGACGAAGUGAAGUCAGACAGCGACGAUGACCGGGCUCCAGUCUUCUCAUCAUAUUCCAGCAGUUCUGCAUUUGAGAAACCAUCACCUAAGAAAGCUAAGAAACCUACAGAUGCAGCACCUAAACAAAAGAAAACUUCAGCAAAAGCCAAAAGGCCCAAUCCAGCCACCUGGGACUCAGACUCAGAAGCAACUGCUAAAAAAGCACCAGCAACCCCAAAGGCAGCCAGCAAAGGACGUGGCAGGAAGAGGAAACAGUCCAGCUCAGAAGAGGAUACUUUUAAUCCAGUGAAGAAGACAGGAAAACCUACCACAAGCAGGAAAAUGAAGAAAGCAUCUGACGAUGAAGAUGUCGAUGCAGGCACGAACAGCUUCUCCCGAUUAGACUCGAGCAGAGAUCGGUCUGGUCGAGCUAAGAAGGAGGUUAAAUACUUUGAUGAAUCUGAUAAUGACGAAGACGAUGACAUGUUUGACUAGAAAACACCUUCGCACACUCAGUCCAGGGGCCUCAUUUAUAAAGCCUGCGUACGGACAGAUUUAAUCGUAGAGCAAAAACCCACAGCAACGAUUUGUAAAACGGUCUUUGGCGUGGAAAAGUGCUUAGCGCAACGUCAAGGCCUGAUUGUUUGUCUGAUUGCUGCAGGUUUUUGAAAAUACAAGAUAUUAUUGCUCCUGGAAAAGGAUUUAAACAUUGACGGGUGCUCUUUUAUAUGUCAAUGACAUUAAUUCGGCAAGCUGCGCACAAUUUCAAGAUCAUUUGCGAUUAAAAGUUUUACAUCUGAAAGUGAGGCGUACACGCGUCUUCGGUGCGUUCGUUCUAUGAAUCACACGUACACGCUUUUGAGAAAUGAUCGUAAUUUAAGACUGUUUCUACGCAGCAUUUUAUAAAUAAGGCCCCAGAAACAUGCUUGUUGAAGUUACCUGUCCUCUGCCCAGCAGAACUUUUGUACAUUUCCUCUCCAUUUUAUUAUUUUUUUUAUUGUGAUGUUCAAUUCUUUCUACUGUGUAGCUGUUUUACUCUUUUUCUUAUUGUUAUUAUUAUUGUUGGUAUUAUUGUUAUGAUACAUUUACAGUUUUUUUAUCAUUGAAAUGUAUCUGUCUUGAGCAGCUUUUAGAUGUUUAGGCCACUGUGCUUCAGCACCUUUUAAUGAUCUUAAACUAGAGGUGAUUUACCUUUUUGAGACGACUUGGAAAUAAACAUGAAAUGUAAAUUA